AUGAGCUGCAGACCGAAAGCUAUUUGUCUCGAGUUUUUGAAAAAUGCGCACGAAAUAGAAGCCAAUUUGAAGGCGCUAUUUGGCUCUGUUCAAACUUUCGUCGAAAUUCUGAUCAGUUACAUGCAACGGCUGAAACACCCUCGUGAUGACGAUGAUGAUCAUGGUAAUGAUGGGGAUGAUCCCGCUGGGACCAAGCAAGAAGAUGCACUGUAUCAGGAGGAUCCUUUUAUGCUCUUGCAUAGGCAAGCUUCGCAGCUGAACUCAAUAGGCAUUCAAGUAAAGUACCUUUUUUUUUGCUACGAAAAUCUGCUUCGCUCCGGCUUUUUUGAUUAUUUCGUUCUGAAUUCCCUUCAUGACCUUCUUUUUAUCAUCGCAGAAAAUCUUCUCAAUGCUCAAGAUGCAUUCGAUACGCUGGUCGACUUUUAUGCAAAUAAGCCGGCUCAAAUUACGGAAUCAUCCCUGUUUUCCAUAUUGUGCGUAUUUUCUGUGAUUGCCAAAGCUGAAACCUCUCUGAUUGGCCACAUCAACCUUUUAAUCUCGUCAAUUUAA